CAGCAGCCGCAGUAAAAGCAGCAGCAAGUAAAACUUUAACGUAAAUAAAACAGUUGCAUACUUUUGAGCGCCGCGCGUAAACGUGACGAUCUAAUGGCCGCGCUUCUUGCGUGUUGUUAAGUGUGUGUGCCGGCAAAGUUGUGCAUGAAUGUGCCUGCAAGCCAAGUUUUAAGCCAUUCAAAUACAUAUACAUAUAUAUAUAUGGCCGAUUGUUGCGCAUAAAAGUGUAGCAGAGCCAACAGUUGAAGGUGAAAGGUGUGCAAGUUUAAUUUGUUAUAGUACAAGUGCCGCCCCAAGCUGCUUUGUUUCGUCAUACGCCACGUGGUACACGCCUCAGCAACAAUUGUCAUGGAGAACAACAAUAGCCUUGCUGGCUUCAGUCUGCUGCGCCUGCUGAUGUCAACGGAAUGAAUGCACAAUACAACAACAGACAACAACAACAACAACAAUAAAAGUUGCAUUUCCAUUGCGUUGAAAUACGAAAAUGAAGUCCGUUAUACUUUAUCCAUAUGGACCGCUAACUGGCGGCACUCGCUGCUGUCGCAUGUUGCAUGCCAAAAAUUUGGCCAUUACAAGUGCAAUUUACACAAUAAAUAUCUCACUUUUAAUUGUGCUGAUUUACUCUUGGCGCAUCAAUGCCAACAUGCAUAAAUCUGCCGAGCUGCAGGAUGUCUACUAUGGUGUACAAAUUGCAUACUUUGCCAUAAUUGGCACACAAAUGUCGAUGAUAUUGCUCAGCAUUGUGUUGAUAUUUGGCAUUUGUCGGGAAAAUCCCGGCCUAAUUGUACCUUGGAUAAUUGGCUAUAUAACGUUUAUGGCUUUGGAGGCUGUCGCCAUGGUUUACUCGAAUGUGCUGCGCGAUCAUGUGAACAAGCAAUUCGAUGCCAUGUGCAAAGCUGAGGUGGCUUUUUUCAUAGCUCGCGCUUUUAUUAAUGUGCUGGCAAUGUGGGGCGUGCUACGCUUCUAUAAUCUGGUGCGAGCGGGCAUCACUUGGCGCGGACCGGAGGCUAAGACCGCAAUAUUUGCACCCAUGUACAAAAGCGUCAGCAAAUCCGCAGCCGCUGCUCAGCUGCAGGCGAAGCGCUCCAAGCGACGCUACAGCGUUGAAGUCGAAAGCGGCUGCUGCGCCAUAUUCGACUUUGAUUUCGACUACGAUGAGGAGCAGGAUGAUGAUGAUGAUGAUGCACAAGAUAGUGUAGGCUUUGACUACGACGACUACUACGAGUACUAUGAGGAUCAGGAUGAGCAGCAGCUGGAGCUGGACGAUGCCGACUGCAGCAUGCUGGGCGCCAAGCCGCGACGCGCUGCCAAAAGCAAGACGCAGCGCCAGCGUCGCACCAACAACAACAUACGCAGUGUGCUGAUUAACAAGCGGCACAACAAAUACAAAAUCAGUCGACCGCAGACGCAGCUGGAGGUCAUCAAUGAGUCGGAGCGCAGUGCGGGCAGCGGCAGCGAUGAGAACGACUCGCUGCUGGUGGCGUAUGACAGCAGCUCGUCGCUGGCGUCGGUUUGACAUUGGCCGCCAGGCUUCAAUGGAAAUGCAACCCCUGGGCGCGACAGCAGCAGCAGCAGUGACAGCGACAGCGACAGCAGCAGCAGCAACAGCCACAGCAGUGAAAGCAGCAGCGAGGACGAGCAAUCCUGCAGCGGUUUCGCUACGCGAUGUUAUCGUCAGCGUCAGCGUAAGCGUCGACGUUCAUUGCGAAGCGUCUACUGCGCUGUAAAUAUAACCAUAAUGGGUCUGCUCGUGGCCGUAGAGAUCUAUGCACAAUUGGCUAUAUUUAUGUAAAGAGAGCGACGGCAUGUGAGAGAGAGAGAGAGCGAGUUAAAUGUUUGUAGCAGCGAGCUUUGUAAAUUUUGAAACAUUUUUUUUUUGCAAUUUCAAUUUCAACAACAACAAUAAAUGCCAUAGGGGUUUAUAUUAUGUUGCUAGUGUGUGUAUAAAUAAUUUUAAAAUAGUUGUAAUGUAAAUUUAAAGUUUGCCAUAAACAAUAGUCCAACAACAAUAAAUUCCAUUAGGGCUGCAACUUUUGAAACAAAUUGCUCUCUUACAUUUACUGCAUGAAGUGCAAGGCAAAAAAAGCUUUAAAAACAAACACUAAGCGUAAAACAAUGCAACAAUAAAAUAUAAAUAAAUCAAAAUAAUAAAGUUUAGCUGUAGCUUAAGUAGUAAACGUUUCAAAUGUUUAAGUGUUGUCCAUAACAAUUUGUACAUAAAACAUAUAAUAUUCAACUUCAUGGGCGUAGCACAUCGUGUAAAAAUAUAAAACAUAAAUAAGCUCAUUAUAUAAAUAUAAAAAGCUGCCGACGCCCAUGACAAAACUGUUAAUCAUAUCGCUAAUUGUAUAUUACUAACAUUCAAACUAUUUAGGCUAGCAAUAAAUGUAGGUACAGUUGCGCCAAAAGUAAAACAACCAACUAACUAUUAAAUGUGAGUUAUACAUUAUGAGCUAUGAAUAAACAAUUGAU